AUGCUGUUGAUGAUUGAAAAGGGUAAUUAUAAUAAUUAUUAUAUUAAAUUAGAAGGGCUUAAUGAUUUGAACGAUACAUCACCCAUCGGACGGAUAUAUGAAGUUGACAUUACUUAUCCAAAAGAACUCCAUGAUAAACACAACGACUUACCUUUCCUAUCACAAAACGGAAUCCCAGCUGGUUCAAAAGUUCAUAGAGUACUUCAGUUUAAUCAAUCACCAUGGCUGGCUCCAUACAUAGCACUAAACACAGAGGUGCGAAAAAAAGCAGCAAAUGACUUUGAGAAAGACUUUUUCAAACUUUUAAAUAAUGCGGUUUUUGGGAAAACCAUGGAGUCUAUGCGGAAAAGAAUAAAAAUGGAACUGGUGUCUAGUGAUCGUCGUUUACAAAAACUGAUAAAUCAGUCAACAUUCAAACACUGUUUUGCAGUGCUGGAAGUUUCCAAGUAUUCAAUGUAUGACUAUCACUAUAACGUAAUGCAGAAACAUUAUGAUGAUAAAAUUGAGCUCAUGUAUACAGAUACAGAUUCAUUGGUAUACUAUAUUCAAACUGAUGAUUUUUACAAUGAUCUGUUGAACAAUCCCAACUUGUUGAAUCGAAUGGACACUGCAAAUCUACCCCGUGACCACCCGUGUUACAUUGCUGAGAGAAAGAAGAUUCCUGGGCUAUUUUCUGAUGAAACCGAUGGACGUAUUAUGAGAGAGUUUUGUGCUCUCCGUGCAAAGUCCUACGCUUACAUUUUAGAAGAUAAGGAGAAAAUCAAAGCAAAAGGAAUCCGUGGACAUGUUGUUAGAAACCAUAUGACCUUUCAAGAUCAUAAACGGUGUUUGUUUGGUGAUACCAGUUUGGAAGUAACAACGUCAAACGUCUCUAUCCGUUCAUUCAAACACAAAUUAAAGACCAUCAAAUCCAAUAAAUUAACUUAUAACAGUUUCGAUGAUAAAAGGGUUAUACUUGAAGACAAAGUACACACCCUAGCUCAUGGACACUAUUCUAUAGAGGAGGAACUCGAAGCAGAACUAGAUAGUUAGUUAUAUAUUUGUAAAGAUUAUUUCUGUAUGUAUAA